ACGUCAGCGAACUAUCAUGUAUACACUCUUUGAGCAUCUUUGUUAACUUGUUUACGUAAGGGUGUUGUCCAUCUACGCAGUUCCAUCGACACAACGAACGAUGUGGAAGAUUGUUUUUCUUUUUCUUGCGGCUUCUUUCGCUGUUGGGAAUGUUACCUUGGUCGGUGGCUUCCGAAAAGUGGAUCCUAAAGAUGAAGGUGUUCAAAAUGCUUUACGUUUCGCCAUUGCUGAGCACAACCGGAGAUCAAACGACAUGUAUUUAAGCAAUGCGGCUGAAGUGAUCGAGGCUCAGAGCCAGGUGGUUUCAGGCUUGAAGUACACCCUGACGGUGAGAAUGGCAAAAACCUCCUGCAGAAAAAGUGCUGCAGAUGAAUCAUGUCCCGUCCACAGUGAUCCAGAAAAGGCCAGGCCUUACAUCUGCACUUUCACUGUGUGGAGUAGGCCAUGGCUGAAUGACAUCCAACUGGAGAAGCAGAAAUGCUAGAAGAACAAAGUGGGAUUUGCAUUGUUUGCAGCAUAACCUUUACUAAAAUAUAGUUUUCUUUCAAAUAACUAAAAGUUAACAUCCCUAAACUGUGCUGCUAACUUAGUUUAAAAUGUACUGUUCCAGUGUUAGACAACUAAUGGUUUGAAACAAUGACUAAUGGUCCAAACAGCUAUCAGCCUGUUAAAAUUUCGUUUWAAAAAUACCUAUUUUUAAACUUUAAAUGCUGUUUGCAAUCAGUCUGCAUAGAUAGUAUUAAAUACAAAUUUGUUACACAUAUCAAACUAGAUUUUCUUUUGAAUUAUUACAACUAAUGUAGAUUCAAUUGUGUCUUUAGUGAGUAGAAAAUCUGUUAAUUGUGCUGCUUAUGCUUUGGCUGGUCCAUGCUAUGUAAUCCACCUGAGUGUUAACAGAUUACAGUCGCUGAUCAUUCAACUUCUGCAUGUAAAGAUCCAGGCUCCUCAACAGCACCACUGUCAGUCUGCAACUCUCAUGAGUGCAGUCUAACAAAWCAGUUUUUAUAUUAGCAAAAGUUAUUAAAGUGCAGAACAUAAAAUACAAGAUAAAAGUAACACAAACAAUAAUAUAAAGUCAAAUAAAAUUACAGAACCAGGGGACUACGGAUGAAAAAUAGCCUUUAGGCUAAUUCUGGCUUWUYUAGCUUUUGAAUUGUUACAUGWUUUAUUAAAUUGCACUAUCUCCUUUUAAAUGAAUCAAACUUAUUUAUUACCUGUACUUCCCUAACCCAAACUUAAACUCAGUUCACAAAAUAGCCCUGAAUCUAACCCUGUAUAAGGACUGGGUUUUAGUUUCCAAAAGAACAAACUUGAUGUACAUUCCUGUGAACAUCCAAAUAAAGAUGAUCAAAAAACAAGUUUACACACGCACACAUUAACAAACUACCAGCUAUAAUCAACCAUGACUUUUUAUGUAAAAAAAAAACAACCUUAAGCACCACUUAUUAAAUGAUUUAAGUGAGAAUCUGAUUAUUUGAACCUGUAUGUGUAAUAACUGUAGAUGAGGAAAAAAAUUCACAAUAAAUUCAGAUUUGUGCAUCCAAUUGUAGAAGUGUGUUUUUUUUAUUCCACCCUGGAGAAAACGAUUUGUUUUAUAUUAAAUAUCACCUGGUUAUAAACGACUGAAACUAGCCCCACAGACUGAAAUACAGAUUUGUACUUGAUUGUUGUUUUUAAUAAAUAAAGUGACUGCUAUCAA